AUGCAGACAAGCUAAACUGCUUCUCACAAUAAAAUACAGAAAACCACUUUUACUAGCAAACUAAAUUAUAAUGAUUUUCAUCAGAAAUAAACUAGCCCUGAUCUAUAAGAAUAACCUUUCAUCUUUUCAACUAUGCUUAACAAAAAGUAAUCUAACCCUUAGAUAUAAAACUAGAUAUAAACAAAUAAAAAGCAGUUAUGCCUCAGCAUUAACAGAGAUAAAUCAGAGAUUCAUCUGUCUCCAAAAAAUUAAGCUGAAUAUUAAGCUGAUAAGAGAAUGAGUAUUGAAAAUAAAACAAAUGUACAAAGUCCAACUUUAUUAAAACCUCAAAUAUAAAGCAGGCCAGUAGAAUUGUUACUUACUCAAAAUUAGUUACUCCUGAGUCCAAGCAAUUUAUCAACUCGACCUAAUACUUUAUUUUCUCCUACCAUAAGUAAAACUAAUUCAAAAAUGUUCCAAACUUAAUAAUCAAACAUAGAGCAACCUUAUUCAGCUAAAAACAUUAAUCUCAUUCAAAAGAUCAGAGAGGAUUUUAAGCUUGAUCCUCCUUCAAAUUCAAAUCAAGAUUCAGUGUAAAAGUAGAAAAAUAAUGAGAAAAGGUCGAGCUAUUUGAAAAAAGAAAAUACAUUUAGCUAAAAAAUCCUGAUGAAUUUUGCUUAGAAAUAGCAUCAAUAGACUCCUAAUAAUUAUCAGCAAUAAUUUUUGUUUAAGAAUGAGAGUAGUAACAAUAAUAUAUAUCAAAAGCCUUUGAAUGGUAAUCCAUUCUAGACACCAAAAGCCUAACUUUAAUAAACUAAGAGCUUUUUAAACUUUAAAACUGAAUAUGAUACCUAAAAAUUAUAAAAUGAUAUUUCAAAUCUUAGUAGUAAUAACAAGUUAAAUAGCCUUACCACUAAGAAUCCUGGUUCUAUGUUUAAAGCUGAGGAUAGAUUUUAGUCUUAUCAAAAUAAGAAUAAUGGAGUUUAAUAGUAAUACAGCAACUUUGAAUAGAGAAUACAAUCGAUAGGUUAGCCUUAGUCCUAAUUUAAAAUAUUGAAACUCUAGUUAAAUGAUUAAUUUAAUGAAUCUCAUUAGAAAAGAUUUUCCUAUGACAAUAAUAAUCACUUUGACAAUGAUAGAAAUGGCAUGGUUAGAAGACUUUCAUUCUCGAAUAUGAAUGAUCCAAAUAUUUUGCCUUCAAAUAAUAUAGAUUAGAAUGAAUAAAACUUUCAAAUCCUUGAGAAUAAAUGUGAUUACUAAAUGAGUCCACCAUUAAAUAAAAACAGUAGAUAUGAUUUUGAGGACAAAAACUCUGAGUCUUAGAUAAAAAUAGAUCAAGAUUAAUCUAUUGUAAUGUGCUCCAAUUCUAAGUCAAGAUCAAAUUCUUUUAUUAGAGGUAGCCCAAAAAGAUUUCUAAUGAAGUCUAAUGAUUAAACUCAUGAUAGUAAUAACCAACUUAGUUUCAGUGGAAAUAAGAUUAUUUAAUUUAAAGCAAGUGCUAAAAAAUUGGCUCUCUCAAGUUUUAAGGAGUCAUCAAUUGGUAUGGAUGAAGGAUAGUAAGAUGAUACUGAUAAAAGCUUAUUAGAACAUAGAGAUGAUGUCAAGAGCUAUAUCAAGGACAUGAAAAAUAGAUGCAGGAAUAUGAAUGAUGAAUUUGACAAAAGACACUCCCAGUUAUUUGUAAAAAGAGAUGAAACCUAAUAAUUGUAAUCAAGCAGCCAGAAUAGUGAGAAAUUUAAUCCAGUUACUAACAGUGAUAAUGACAGUUCUAUGAGACAGAAUUACAAAACACAGUAUUAGAUGUCAAAGCAUAAUUAAGGUUAGAAUGACCAUAAAACUACUAUAUUCUCAAUGGAUAACACGAUGAACAGUAAUACGAUGCAGCUGUACGACAGUAUUUAUGAAAAAAAGCUCUAGGAAACUAAAUACACAAAUUGGAGAAGCAAUAAGAACAUUGAAACCUUCAAUAUCAAUGAGUAGAAUGUAACUAGCAGAUCAAGUCAGUAAGCCAUAAUUAGUCUUAAAGUAGUGGAAGAUAACUAUAAUUCUACAAGAAGAAAGGAUUAAAUUCAAAACUUAAAUGAUACUAACACUGAUUCUAAGUUGUCUGAAUACCAAUCUAUAUAAAUAGAGCAAGAAAUGAAUCCUGAAGAUAAGAGAUCAUCAAUAGUCAGAUAAAAACUGUAGGAAAUUCAAGACUAACUCGUUUUCACUUAGAAUGCUCUAAGAUCUUCAAACUCUAAAAUAUUAUUAAACUCAACUGAUAGCAUCUAAAGUAAUACUUAUGAAUAAACUGACUAAAAUAGAGGCUCCAAUUAAUACAAAAGAGACUCUCUCAAUAAAAACAAGAAUGAUAAAAUAGAAGGAAUAGAUGAACUUAGAAAUAGCAUUGAUUUGAAGCUAAAAAGUAUCAUGAAUAAAAAGUAAGCUUACGUAAGAUCUGAUGAUGUUGAGAAUCAAGACUAAUGUGAAAUUUCGCAAACUUAGGACAAAUCAGUUAAUUAAGAUGAUUUAGAAUAGUCACCUGAAUUCUCAGUUCAUAUUACUCCAAUGAAGGAUGAACAAGUAUCUAUGAACUAAAAUGACCAGACUUUAAAUUUAAACGAUUCACACGAGAGAAGUUUAUCAAGAAACAAAUUUAUUAACAAGAUAAGUCAAAUCAGGUAGAAGUUACACAAUAAGGAGGAGAGCUAAUCUUAAGAAAGAUUAUUAAACAUCUAGGAUCAAUCAAUGAUAUCUUAAAAAGAUUUGGAAAGAAGGCGUUCAUCACUUCAAAGAUCCUAAAAGCUACUUUAAAACUUCUAAAGCUUAUCAAAACAAGGACCAGAAUAGGAGUAUGAUUUGAAUGAUAAAAUAAAGAACUAAAAGCAAGUCAUCCAGCUGUCCUAAUCUUCAAAUAAUCUAUUGUUAGAUAAGCAUGCUCAGAGUAUAAUAAAACAUAAUAGAAAUGAUACUAGUGAUUUUAUGAGUAGAACCUAUGCAAUGGACAUCAAUGAGUCAUUUGGGGAUAAUAAAUUCUAUAGCUAAGGUUAUGUCUACAAAAUUUCAUCCAAAAGAUAAUCAGUUAUAAGUGAAAACCAAGAUAAAUCAUUGGACUCAGUUACAGAAGAUAGCAAUUAAAAGAACUAAAAUGUAAUUUAUGAACCUCAAUCAGUAAUGAAUUAAAUAAGACAAUCUAUCUAAAAAUCAUUGUAGGAAACUAGAUACAGAUAAAAUACUGACUAUGAUGUUGAUGAUGAAUAUUAAGCAGAAUUUUAUGACUAAAAACAUGAUAAAUAAAGAGCUGCAGAAUAGGAUUAAACAUUGAAAUAAAACCGUCUCAUUUAGUUGAAUGAUGAAAUAGAGUACACAAGGAUAAGUAGUAAGCAGAUCAUAGAAAAAGAGCGUUAGAAGAUGAAAAUUCUCAAUGAAGAAUUCGAUAGAUAGUAGAAGCUACUAAAGCAAAUGAAUGAAAGUGAAAAUACGAAUGAGAGUCAAUGUGAAUUAGACGAGACUAGUAUGAGUAAAGAUUAAUGA